GCAAAGAUCAACGGCCAGAAUCUCUUAAUCCGUGCAAGUGGGACCUUGCCCCCGCUGUGCGUGGAUUUGGCCUCAUAAGCUUGUGUAGCUAUUGCCCUCGAGGAAGGAACAACGGUCAUAUCCGGCAGAAGUCGAUUAUGGAGGGAGAAGAAUGGGGAGAUGUCGUACUGGGGCUUUUCGUUCGAGCGAAUCUGGGCGCAGAUGCGGGUAGAUACGUCCACCAGAAAAGUCGCAGUGGUGAGUAUAAUGUAAUGGCCUGAAUUGAGGCUGAAGAGUCUUGAACUGGAAAACGAGGAGAAAGAGAAGACGAGAGAAGCGAGAUGAGAGAGAGAGAGAGGAGGGGAGGGCAUCGAGUGAAUCUGGUCGCAAUGGCGGGAAUACGGCCCUAGCAAAGUUCUGGUGUGAGCAGAAUGGUCUGAACUGAAUUGAGGCUGAAGAGUGUUGGUGAUUGGAAAACGAGGAGAGAGAGGAGACGAGAGAAUCGAGAUGAGAGAGAGGGAGGCGAGGCAUCGGGAUCGGGAUCGGGAUCGGGAUCGGGAUUGCUACGUUGGAUAUAGAGAGGGGGAAGGAGAGGUAUACCCAAACGGAGAGAGGGAGUGGUAGGGAUCGGGACGUCGGAAAUAGAGGGAGAGGAGGGAAGGGGAGGGGGAGAUAAAAGGAUUUAAAGAGAGAGAGAGAGAGAGAGAGAGAGAGAGAGAGAGAGAGAGAGAGAGAGAGAGAGAGAGAGAGUGUCGAAUAUGAGAGAAAGGGGGGAACAGCAUCGGGAUCGAGAGAGGAGUGGUAGGGAUCGGGACGUUGGAUAUCGAGAGAGGGAAGGGGAGAGGUACAGGGAUCGGGACAGGGAGAGAAGGGACAGGGAAUGGGGGGACAGAGAGCGAGCCCAGAGGAUCUCCAGGCAUGACGAUGAUUACACUGUGAGUGAAAGGCGAGGGGGGAGUAGUGGGGGAGGGCUAGUAGUAGUAGGAGGGGGAGGAGGAGGAGGGGGCGCAGGGGGGGGGGGGGGGGGGGGGGGGGGAGGAGGAGGAGGAGGGGUGGGCGGCGCAGGGAGUGGCAAUUAUCUGGUUAACCAGAAGGGAAGGGGGGGGGGGGGAGGAGGAAGUCGGGAUCCGGAUCCUCAUCGCCGAUCGAGAUCCUCGUCUGCGGAGGAUUCUCGUGGAGAAGACGAUGGAAGGGGGGAGGGGAGGAAUGGUGGCAGCGGCGGAGGGGCUUCCACAUCAGCAGCUGCUGACAUGGCAGGCGGAGUGGCUUCGGCCGAAGGAUGGCUCCACGUGGCAGGAGGCGGAGGGGGAGGGGGAGGGGGAGGUAGCGCAGCAAUCUCUCCACCUGCGCCUAAGAAGAGGAAAUACUCUCCUAUUAUCUGGGAUUUGNGGGGGGGGGGAUAUCACGACCGUGACUUGAAGACAUCCAACCUGCUCCUGAAUAAUCGCGGCGAGCUGAAGAUCUGCGAUUUUGGUCUUGCGCGGCAGUACGGAAGUCCCCUCCGGUGCUACACGAGAAUGGUGGUUACGCUCUGGUACAGGCAAGUGUGGGACUUGGGCUCUGAUCUGUCGCCGGGAUCCGACACGUCAUCCGAUGAUGAGCCGCCAGAGCCGGGCCAGAUUCGGUCGGUAUCUCCUCAAGAGAAGGAUCGCGAUCGGGACGACUCCCGCCACGUGGCGAUGAUCUCGGCGUCGAGGUGGGCGGAGGCGGUCCCGACUCCGCCCAGGGCCGGCAAGGGCCAGCGGGGGGGGCGAUACCGUGUCAGGUCGAUGAGUCCCGACGGCGGCGGGAGACCGGCCUCCGGGGAGAGAACCCGUCGCAGUCGCGACAGCGCGUCGCCGGAACCGGGGGAGUAUGUGCGCGAGCGGCGCGGGGAGGGGAAGAGGGUAAGAGGGAGCGAGGGAGAUGACGUUAGUGAUGAGCGAGGGGGGGGUGGCAGCAAGGCAGGCGGAGGCGGAGGAGGAGGAGCAGGCGGAGGAGGAGGAGGAGGGAAGAGGAGCAGUGGAGGCCGAGACAGCGAGGAGUACGAGAGAGAACUCAACAAGAGGGAAUUGCUGGAACUUGAAGAAGAUGGGGAAUAUUACGACGACGAAUUUCAGAAGCCUGGUGAUCUGUCAUCUGAUGAGGAGAGGGAGAGGGAGAGAGAGAGAGAGAGAGAGAGGGGCUCCCUCCUAAUUGCCGGAUUGGUAGAGAGGACGAUCAAUAUGCUUGAAGGGUGUCGGAGCGUGGAUGAGUUCGAGAGGCUUAAUCGGAUUGAUGAAGGCACGUAUGGGGUUGUCUACAGAGCACGGGACAAGAAAACGACCGAGAUCGUUGCGUUGAAGAAAGUGAAGAUGGAGAAGGAGAAGGAGGGAUUUCCUAUGACAUCGUUGAGGGAGAUCAACAUCUUGCUGUCCUUCCAUCAUCCCGCGAUUGUCAAUGUGAAGGAGGUCGUCGUCGGAAACAACUUGGACAGGUAACGAUCGAACGAACGAGGGAACGAGGGAACGGACGAAAUGUGUUUGGAAACUUCUUUCCCCCUCUCCCCUUACCUCCUUCUCCCUUAUCCCCAAGCCUUCACGGUC